CAGAGAGAGAGAGACACACACACACAGAGAUCUGGUAAGGAUCAGAGUGGACCGUUGUGGUGGACAGGAGACCGACCUGCUCUCGCCGCUGAACCUGUCUCUAACUUCUUAGUCUGGGAACGUGCUGCCUUCCAACUCUUGAGCUUACGUCCAAUACAGUAACUCCACUUACUAUACCAGCACCGUGUGGCAACAGCUGAGACAGGUAAUUACCCACAAAGGAAACUUGAAGAAAAGGCAGGUACACAGUCAAGUGUAGUGUAGUGUUUAAUUCAACACUUGGACAUUCAAAUACAACACUCACAGUGUUUGUAUGACCCUCUUAAGUGUUGAACUGAACACUGUGACAGUCACCGUGUAGGAUGGCGCUGUCACUGAGCUGUUUUCGGGCCUUUCAUCGUGACAGGACAGUGACAUAGUCAGGAAGCAAUUUGGGAGAGAGACAGAGACGGGGAAGGGUCCUGGGGCAAAGAAUCGAACCCGGAGUCGCCAGUGUCGUAGCAGUGCCGUGCCCUACCGCCUUAAACCACGGCAGGGGGGGGGCUGUCUGUCACUGAGCUCUUUGACUCGAGGUGGGCGCGCUGGCUGCUGCCAUGAGGUGGGCCGACGACAUGGGUGCCUCAAUAUUCCGGUGCUGGGGACGCGGUGAGCACCAGCAGGACAAGCAAAGCCCCGUACGGACGCUGGUCUCCAACCUGCCCUACGAGGACAUGAAAAAGAAAGAGCAGCCCAACCGCCGCUACAGGGGCAACGCCGUCAAGACCACCAAGUACACGCUGUGGUCCUUCCUGCCCAAGAACCUGUACGAGCAGUUCCACCGCCUGGCCAACGUCUACUUUGUGUUCCUGGCCGUGCUGAACUUCGUGCCGGUGGUGAACGCCUUCCAGCCGGAGGUGGCCCUAAUCCCCAUCUGCGUGAUCCUGGCACUCACGGCCGUCAAGGACGGCUGGGAGGACUUCAGGCGCUACCGGACGGACCAGAAGCUCAACAGCCUGCCGUGCCUCGUCUACAGCAGGAGAGAGAUGGACUUCGUGGAGCGGCGCUGGAGGGACGUGCGCGUGGGCGACUUCGUGAGGGUGGUGUCCAACGAGGUGGUCCCCGCGGACAUCCUGUUGCUGCACACCUCCGACCCCAACGGCGUCUGCCUCAUGGAGACCGCCAACCUGGACGGAGAGACCAACCUCAAGCAGAGGAAGGUGGUGGCCGGCUUCAACGCAGCGCCGAACUCUCCUUUUAAGCCUGCUGCUUUCAAAAGCACAGUAGUCUGCGAGAAACCCAACAAUGACCUCAAUCAUUUCAGCGGUUACAUUGAGAAAGCGGAUAAGAAGAAGCUGGGCUUCGGGAUUGACAGUCUUCUAUUACGAGGAUGCACCAUACGGAACACUGAGGAGUCCUCGGGCAUUGUGGUCUAUGCAGGUCACGAGACCAAGUCGAUGCUGAACACGGGCGGGGCGCGCUACAAGCGGAGCCGGCUGGAGAGGAAGAUGAACAGCGACGUGCUCUACUGCGUGCUGCUGCUCUUCAUCAUGUGCCUCAUCGGGGCCAUUGGUCAUGCUAUCUGGCUAGACAAGCUUCCUGGCGUGCCCCCCUACUUGGUCCCUGACGGUGACGGCCAUCUCAUUCCCCCCACGCUGGCGGGAUUCUACAUGUUCUUCACCAUGAUCAUCCUGCUGCAGGUGCUCAUCCCCAUCUCUCUGUACGUGUCCAUCGAGCUGGUGAAGAUGUGCCAGGUGUUCUUCAUCACGCAGGACGUCGACCUGUACGACGAGGCAUCCGACUCCCGAGUGCAGUGCCGCGCCCUCAACAUCACAGAGGACCUGGGCCAGAUCCAGCACGUCUUCUCCGACAAGACUGGCACGCUCACGGAAAACAAGAUGGUGUUCCGACGGUGCACUAUUAUGGGCACAGAGUACUCGCACGCUGAAAAUGCUAUCCGGCUGGCUGUCCUUGGCGAGAGUGACACACCUGCCGAGGACGAAGUGACCCUAUUCCAGCAGCAGAAGCAGCAGCCUCCGCUAUUCGCUGACGACGACGACGACGACGAUGAUGAUGAUGGUGAUAUGGGGAAGGGCAUGAGACGGGGUCAUGGCGGCGCCCAGGUUGACGUCAGUGGCAACAAGAGGUCAAAGGUCACAGCAGCAGGAGGAGGAGGAGGGGCUCAGAGCGGCCUGGCCUUCAGCAGCCCACUGGAAACGGAGGUGGUCCCGGACAGGAAACUGCUGCAGGUGGCGCUGGGGGCGCGGCCUCAGGGGGAGGAAGUAGGAAGUGGCAGUGGUCUCCGGGGCAACGGGAGCCUGGACAGGGGCCCCUACCUGGACUUCUUUGUGGCCCUGGCCAUCUGCAACACCGUGGUGGUUUCCACGGCAACCAACCAGAGACAGAGGGUCACCAGCCCUCGAGACUCCUGUGCUCCUCAAACGUUCCUUGGCCGUCUGCAAGGCGUCCUGAAGGGGACGGCCUCCCCUCAGAGUCUAUUCAGAAAGGUCAAGGGUCAUAAGGAGCCCCUGGCCGACCCCUUUGCUGCCGACGAAGAGCCGCCAGACCUCUCAUCCGACGACCCCAACAUCUACACAGAGGAAGAAGGAGGAAGCUCCGAAUCCCAGGUCAUCACCUCCACCACCCAGCAUCCCAGAACCAAGAGGCAGAGAACUGCGUCCGGGUCAAGUGCACCGUUGGAGGUCAAUGACCGAGACGUGUGCUACGAAUCCCAGAGUCCCGACGAGGCAGCGUUGGUCCACGCGGCACGGGCCUACGGUUUCACGCUUCUAGAACGCACGCCGGAUCACGUGGCCGUGCGUCUGCCGUCGUCCGGGGAGCUCCUCACCUACGAGGUGCUGGAUAUCCUGACCUUUGACCCCAUGCGCAAGAGGAUGUCGGUGGUGGUGAGGCACCCGCACACACGGGAGAUCGUCCUCUACACCAAAGGGGCCGACUCAGCAGUCAUGGGGCUCCUGGAACAGCCGACAGAUGAGACAGUGUCUCAACGCAAGUUCAGAACGGCCAUCAGCAGCAGCACCCAGAGACAUCUUGACAUGUAUGCCAGAGACGGCCUCCGCACCCUGUGCUUUGCCAAAAGGGUGUUGAGUCAGGAGGCGUAUGAGGGCUGGUGGCACGUUCGGCAGCAGGCCAUUUCGGCCAUUGAGAACAAGGCCGACCUUCUGAUGGACACGGCUGCCCGUCUGGAGACCAACCUCACUCUCAUAGGGGCCACAGGGAUCGAGGACCGUCUCCAGGACCACGUGCCGGAGACCAUCGAGGCCCUGAGGGCUGCUGGGAUGCAGGUGUGGGUGCUGACAGGGGACAAGACGGAGACGGCCGUCAACAUCGCCUACUCCUGCAGGCUGCUGGACCAGAGGGACCUGGUCUUCACCCUCAACACAGACAACAAGGAUGUGUGCAGAUCCAAGUUGGAGUCCACCCUUCAGGAGGUGACCAGACGGCCCUCAGACGCGGCCUUCAGGGGCUUCGGCGGCAGAUUCGGCGACUCGUCGUCAACGAUGGGAGGCUCUCUGGGAGAGGAGCACACCAUCGGUCUGGUGAUCGACGGAGGGACCCUGGCCCUGGCGCUGGAGGACGAGGACCUGAGGUCAAAGUUCGUGGAGCUGUGUCGGCUCUGCCGCUCGGUGCUGUGUUGCCGUGUGACGCCGCUGCAGAAGAGCAGCGUGGUCCGGCUGGUGCGGGAGAAGCUGCACGUCAUGACCCUCGCUAUCGGUGACGGAGCGAAUGAUGUGAACAUGAUCCGGGCGGCUGACGUUGGUAUCGGGAUAUCUGGUCAAGAGGGGAUGCAGGCUGUCAUGGCCAGUGACUUUGCGAUUUCUCGCUUCAAGCACCUGAGGAAGCUGCUGCUGGUUCACGGCCACUGGUGUUACUCCCGACUGUCAAACAUGGUCAUCUACUUCUUCUACAAGAACUUGGCCUACGUGGCGCUGCUCUUCUGGUACCAGUUCUUCUGUGGUUUCUCGGGCACGGCCAUGAUCGAUUACUGGCUGAUGAUCUUCUUCAACCUGCUUUUCACCUCCCUCCCUCCCAUCAUGCACGGCGUCAUGGACCAGGACGUAUCCGCCGGCACGCUGCUCUCCACGCCCGAGCUCUACAAGAUGGGACAGCACGCUGAUGGAUACAGGCGUUCUGUGUUUUGGAUUGCUAUGCUAGAUGCCUUCUACCAGAGCCUGGUGUGCUUCUUCGUUCCCUAUUUGACUUACCAGGGCUCCGACGUGGACAUUUUUCAAUUUGGAAAUCCAAUGAACACUGUGUCCCUCUUCACCAUCAUCCUCCAUCUUGCCAUUGAAAUAAAUGCAUGGACGGUGGUGCACUGGGUGAUCAUGGUUGGCAGUGUGGUGCUGUACUUUGUGGUGACGUUGGCUUACAGCGCGGUGUGCGUGAGCUGCAACCCUCCCUCUGACCCCUACUGGAUCAUGCAGCAGCAACUGGCCGACCCCAUAUUCCACCUCGUCUGUCUACUGACCGUGGUCCUCGCACUGCUCCCAAAGUACACUGCCCAUGUUCUGAAGGGGUCCCUGAGGCCCUCCACACUACUAUACGCCAAGCAGCUGGAGCGCCUGCUGCCGCCCCCCAGGAUGGAGGAGCAGAUGAGGAUCGACACCUCCGAGACCCUACCACCACCAUCAUCACCAUCAUCAUCAUCAGCACCGCCAGCAUCAUCAUCAGCAGCAGCAGCAUCAGCAGCACUCUCAAGCUUCACCCUGUCCGGCCUCUCCUCAUCGGCCUCUACCCCAGACUCAAUACAUAUACACACAUGACCUCUGACCUCUGAGACCCUACCACCAUCAUCAUCAUCAUCACCACCAUCAGCAGCAGCAGGAGCAUCAGCAGCAACAGCAUCAUCAGCAACACUCUCAAGCUUCACCCUGUCCGGCUUCUCCUCAUUGGCCUCUCCCCCAGACUCAAUACAUAUACACACAUGACACCCCCCCCCACCCACCCACCCCAACCAGGGUUGCCAGAUGAGACUUGAUGAUUUCCAGCCCAAAAUAUGCUCAAAACCCGCCUGGAAGAGCUAAAUCCUGCCCAAUUUGAACUAAAUUCUAUUGAUUUACGUGGCCACAAAUUUGCAGAAAAACCUGCCCAAAUGCCCUUUUUUACCCUUUUUUACCCACAGAUGCCCAUCCUAAGCAGCCCAAUUGGGCAGGAAACCACCCAGUCUGGCAACACUGCCCCACACCCUCCAGGGGAUCACCUAGUCCAGUUACCACGGAAGGGAGGAAGGAGGAAGGAAAAAUGCUGAGCAUCAUCAAUUUCACUUGAUUUCAUGCCUGCUGUUAUUGCUGUUGUUAUUUAUGUCUGAAGGAUAUAGAACUUGUUUACAUGGUUGGUGCCUUUGUGGUGAGAGAUGCUUUUGAACUACAGUUCUUAUGCCAUCUCUAUGAGCAGUGACAAACUACCGUAUAUGGUACAUAACUAUGGUGAAUUCGGGUAAA